AUGCCUACUCGCAAGAUAUCCCGGGCAUCCAGACGACCAGCAGCAGCUGGGCCACAGCAAGCUGGAAGUACUUCAGAAUCUGCCAGCCCCAUCGACUUCCUCGCUAUAUUGAAAGAGAAUGGUGUAUCUUUGCUACCAAUAUCUUCCUACAAAAGUCUGGGAAUUCUGGGGAGAGGCCUUUCUGGCGUUAUCCAACAGUCAAUUGCCGAUGUGGCUACCUUUUUAGCCUUCAAAGAGGGUAUACCCUCCAAGCUUCGGCAGGAUACGAACAAGGACCACGAUUGGCGCUCUCUCAUAACUCAGAUCCGCAUUCUUCAGCACCCGCUUAUACGAGCGAGCUCUCACAUCAUUGACCUCUUAGGGGUUGCGCUUUAUGUCAAUCCUACCACUAGUAGAGACCGGCGAGCUCUGCCUCUUCUCGUCACAUCUAAAGUUAAUCGUGGAGACCUCAGUGUUAUCCUGCACAAUGAGCAAGAAGACAUGCUAACAGAGAAUGGACGAAUGAGACUCCUUGCGAUGGUGGCCGAAUCAGUUCAAAUCUUACAUGCAUGUGGUAAGCUCAACUUGAUGUGGGAAUAAAGAACACCACUGGUAGUAUACAGGCAUAACCCACGGAGAUAUCAAGCCGGAUAACUUUUUGAUAAACGAAGCAGAAAGGGGCCAAGUCAAAUGCUUCUUGACAGACUUUGGUUCCAGUUCUAUCCGGGGCCAAAAGCGGUUCCCCACAAUGAGCGAGCCAUGGAAUGCACCAGAAUUAGAAAAUGCACAUCAAGUCCUCAGGUUUGACGAACUUGUUCAAACUGACAUAUUCUCGUUUGGUCUUGUUUGUAUCCACCUCCUGCUGCCACUAGAAGAACCGAAAAGCGCAAGCCUCUGUCUGCUUCGAAGUCCGGGCUGGCAGGAUAAUGAGUGGAAGCAGUUUAUUAAUAAAGUGAAAGGAAUUAAGAGAGGCGAUUCUGGGGAUAGCCUAGCCUCGCUACUUCUGAAUAUAACCGAGAAGAGUAAGCAAUCGACUGAUGCAAAAGAACUUCUUCAGACGCUAGUCAAGACCACAAUUUCGCCCCAGCCAGGGAAAAGGUCCAUACCGUGGGCCCAUAUUAAACAGUAUUUAUCUCGCAGGUCAGACACUCGAUUCUAACCGGAAAUGGUUCGAGCUAAUCCUGACAACUCUUUAAUUUAUAGUUUCAAUAUCAAGACGAAUGGUCCAGCAAAUCCACCACCACUAGCAUACCGCUCGCCAGCUCUGAAUCAUUCCGAACACUGUGUAUUCGAUGUAAGAGAGAGAUUAGACUAAGACCUGCGAUUUGCUGACUGUGAGAAGUUUGCCAAUACUCUUACAGAGCUCGACGAUACCGACUACGUUCUUCGGGCCAACAUUACCCAAGAUCUGGUCAACAAAGCAAUCAGAUCUUUCUGCACCAAUUGCAAGCUGGUUCAUGCUUUCAAUCUUGCAGUUUGUCACACGAUUGGCUUUGGGUGCUGCCAAAACAGAGAAGUAGCGCAACAAUGGCUAGAAACGAGUCGCAGAACCCCAGAGCACCUCGCUUCAGAUAUCGAACGGAUUGGUUCAGCUUACGAGGUCACGCGCGGCGUCGAUCAGAACGUGCUCAAUACAAUCGGUAUCGGGUUUCUUGUAAGUGCGAAUAGAACGGAAGAAUAUCAGACAUCUGGCCGGUUGCCCGAGGCAUGCCAGUCUUUGAAGGACGAGAUCCAGGCAAGAGAGGGGUCAUUCGGAGCUUAUCACUGCUCUCUGGCAAGAUUGAAUUCGGAAUUAGCACUUGUUUUGAAGGCUCAGAAUCACCCUGGAGAAGCACAAAAAUACCAACAAGAGGCAGUAGAUAUUCUGGUCCGAAAUGUUGGAGAGCGCCAUCCAUCGUGUUUGCUCGCGAAUAUCGAGCUUGCCGGUAUAUUUGCAGACCGAGGUUGGCUUCGAAGGGCUGUAGAUCUUCAGAAAAAAGUACAAGCCGCCCUCAACGAGGGCCUUGGAACAGAUCACCCGGAAACUAUAACGGCACUGCAGAGAUUAGGCACCUCGCUGACCUGGAUGGGGGAGCUCAGAGAGGCCGAAGAGGCAUUCGGAAAAGUGGUUUCGGUCAGAAACAAGAUACUCUCACCGACACAUCCCUUGACUGUGCGCGCGGAGUUGAGCCUUGCAUAUUCGUUAGGAGCUCAAGGGCUACUUAGCAAAGCUUCGGAUCUAAUGGAAACUAUUGAUGGAAAGCUCAGUAAUCUGCUUGCGGGCGAUGACUUUACCAGGGCACUUCUCUGUCAUUCCAAAGCUAUUCUGUAUAACGAGCUCAAUUCUAAAGAUGGGGCAACUAGAGAAAUUAUCGAGGCAUUGUCCGCACUGGACAAGUUGAAGCUCCCCGCGGAUGAUAUCCUGAGAUUGACGGUUCUCGAGACGAAGGCUAUGAUUCAUGGAGCAUGUCAGCAGUGGAACGAGGAAGAAACUGUUCUUCGCGGUAUUUUGGAUGCACAAAAUUAUCUGGACCAAAAUAAUCGAGGACUGUCAGCGGUCAAAUACCGCCUGGCCCAGAAUCUUCUAUCGCAAACCCGAUUGGACGAAGCCUCGACUGUUGCACAUGAGGUUAUAGACGCCUCAGGAGGCGAUGUCGCAAUAGACCCUAUCUAUUUUAUGGCCUGUGUUGAUAUCUCAGCAACAGUCCUAUCAUUCCAGGGUCUAUUGGAGGAAGCGCAGAAGGAAAGGCAAAACCUUCUUGUGUCUUGCAAGGCAAAAUUUGGCGAAGAUAAUCCUCUUACCCUUGAUGAUAUGCAUGCACUUGCAUCGUUUUUUGCCGAAAAAGGCGAGUACGAUAAAGCCCAACACCACUACCAGCAAGCUCUUGAGUUUCUUCGAAAAGUCGAUCAGCCAGGGAAGGAUGCCGUCAGAAUUGGAAGAUCCCUUGCGCUUGCAUACUGUGAGCAGACUGAAUACGAGGAUGCGAGAAAGCAAUGCGAGGAAGCUAUCGUAUGGGCCACAAAUGCCGUUGGAGAAAAGCACGUGGAAACUUUAACACUCUAUAAUGUCCUCCUAAGGACUUACACACAGAUGGGUAGCUACUCAGAGGCAGAAGAUCUGUACCUCACAAGGCUUAAGGAGAAUUGUCAAGGCACCAAGGUGGAAAUAUACGUCAAGCAAAAUAUGGUGAUACUACAAAGAAAACAAGAACGAUGGGAAGAGGCUGCGGAAUUUAUUGCCGAUGUUCACAGAUUGGCGAAACUGACGUAUGGCAAGCUGCAUCCUGAUCUCUUGAAGGUGGAGGGAGAGAUAUUAAGCGACAAUCUUGAUCGUGCUGAGACAAUCACAAAUGAGCUUGAGAAUGCCGUCUUGAGUAACAUUCGUCUUAAAAAGGAGAUCCUGGGAACGAGAAGCCACUCGACAAUCAUAACGAUGGUCGAUCUAGCUUAUGCUUAUGCAGGAAAUGGGCUUUUUGGGGAUUCCGAGAAGAUGCUGAAGGAGAUUUUGGAUAUUGGUGAUCUAGAGACAUUGCUGACCCCGGGGUGGUAUGCAUGGUUAUUGGGCAAACUAGGGAAGAUCUAUUUUCGGAUGAAUCGACUUCAAGACGCAGAAAAUGCCGAGCGCAAAAGUCUUGCAAUCCGUCAACGCAACUUUAGUGAUUGCCAUCGCGAUGUAUUACUGAGCAUGUCAAACCUAGCAGCCACUCUCAAGGCACAGAAUAAGUACAGCGAGGCGGAGGGGUAUCUUCGAAGAGUUAUCAAAGCCUGCGAAGGCAUGCAAAUGGACAACGCGAGAUGGAGUUUCAAACUUUUGAAGUCGCGAAUUGGUCUGGCAGCUGUCCUUUUUUUCCAGAAUAAGUUACCAGAAUCAGUGGUAAUCUACUUGGACACCAUCGAAUAUGCUGAGCAUUGUGGCUAUCCUAGUGACAUUGUCAACGUAUGGAAAGAAGACUUGCAGCACGUUUUCCAGGAAAUGAAGAAUCAGGAGGCAGUAGCAUAG